CUGAAAGCUGGAACUUAAACCGGAUGUAGUUACGUGUUGAACCAGGAAGUUGUUUCAUGCCCUCAAUGUGACUUCUGAUGUAAGAGGCUCCUGUUCUGCAAACAUGCUACUGACAUCGGUAAACUUGGCCAAGAGCAAAUCAAAGACACUUCUGGUCCAGAUGAUGAGUGCGGCCGGGACGGGGUACUGCUUUAACACUAAGAGGAACAGGCUGCGGGAGAAGCUGGUGCUGAGGAAACAUGACCCCAAAGUGAACAAGCACGUCCUUUUCUUUGAGAAGAAGAAGAUCCGCUCCAUCUAAAGCAGGAAAUCAUCAAACACAGGCUUUGAUUCAGUAUAAGUGGAUCUCUUUGAAAGAAUUCCUGAAUCUUUGUAACAGGAGAACUGGUUUAAACAUCUUCUUUUUAUCAUCCCAGUCUAAAAAGAGUGUCAGUGUCAAAUCAAAGAGAACAAAUAAUUUAAGGGGGGGCAGUAAGAAAGCUGUUCAAGGUGACAUGUGUAAAAAAAAAAAAAGAAAAACCCUAAACCGUGUUAAAAUGAAAAAAGUACUGGUUUGUAUCAUCAUUCAUAGUGUCUUGAUACACUGCACUGUGGUUUAUUAAAGUAUGUGAAAACAAAUGUAAAAUGCAACAUAA